AUGUGGAAUUUAAUAAUAAUUUUAUUAUUGAAAUGUGUGGAAUCAUUUCGUAAUCCUAUAGAAAAUCGAUUCCAUCUUUUAUUAAAUAAUUUAGAUAAUUUAAAUGUUAAAAUUAAUAAUGAAUUGGAAUCACAACAAUUACGAGACAAUUUAAAAACGAAUUCUAUUCAUCAAAAUGUCUUUUCAUUAAAUGAUAUUAUCAAUGAUAAUCAUAAUAAUUCACAUGAUUUCUCUAUGUGUAUGAUUACUAAUACUGGACAUUCAUACAAUCAUUCACCAGGUUUGCGUUACGGUGACUGGUCCCACCAACCAGCAAUGAAUAUAAAACAUGAUUAUAAAUUAAUGAUGAUGGAUAAUGGUGGACAUGUAUUUAAUUCACAAGAUUAUACUGAUAAAGCAUGGGAAGCAAUAACAUCAUUAACAGAAAUUGCUAAUGAAUUUGAUUCAUCAUAUGUCGAAGGUGAUAUGUUAUUAUAUUCAUUAAUAAAUGAUGAUAAUGUUUUAAAAGUAUUAAAUAAUCUUGGAUUAAAUGUUGAUAAUUUAAAAAAAGAACUUGAAAAUCAUCUUAAAAAACAAAUUCGUAUGUCUGGUUCAUUUGGUGAUCGUAAAAUACUUGGAAGAAUAUUAGAAAAUGUUCUUAAUAUUUCUAAACGUUAUAAAUCAGAAUUUGGUGUAUCUUCCAUUACGGUGCUUGCUCACACGGCCACCAACCCCCCGAAGGGGUCUUAUAUAGUUCCUUUAGAUAAAUAUAUAAGUGUUGAACAUUUAUUAUUGGGAUUAGCAGCAGAAGAUACAAAAUUUUUUAGACCAUAUUUAACAAAAUAUAAAAUAACAUUAGAAAAAUUAAAAGAUACAGUAUUAUCUAUACGUGGUAAACGUAAAAUUACUACAAGAAAUACUGAAAAUAGUUAUAAAUUAUUGAAUAAGUUUAGUAAAGAUUUGACAGAUAUGGCAAGAAAUGGUAAAUUAGAUCCAGUAAUAGGACGUGAUAAUGAAAUAAGACGUACAAUAGAAAUAUUAAGUAGACGUACUAAAAAUAAUCCUGUAUUACUUGGUGAUCCUGGUGUUGGUAAAACUGCUAUAGCUGAAGGUUUAGCUAAUCGUAUUGUUUCUGGUGAUGUUCCUGAUUCUUUAAAAAAUCGUAAAGUUAUAUCAUUAGAUAUUGCUGCUAUUGUUGCUGGUACAAUGUAUAGAGGAGAAUUUGAAGAAAGAUUAAAAGAAAUAUUGAAUGAGAUUGAGAAUUCACAAGGUGAGAUUGUUAUGUUUAUUGAUGAGAUUCAUACUUUGGUUGGUGCUGGUGAAUCUCAAGGUUCACUUGAUGCUGGUAAUAUACUUAAACCUAUGCUAGCAAGAGGUGAAUUACGUUGUAUCGGUGCUACUACACUUCAAGAAUAUCGUCAAAAAAUCGAAAAAGAUAAAGCAUUAGAACGUAGAUUUCAACCCAUCUAUAUUGAUGAACCAAAUAUAGAAGAAACAAUAAAUAUAUUAAGAGGAUUAAAAGAACGUUAUGAAGUACAUCAUGGUGUUCGUAUAUUAGAUUCAACAUUAAUUCAAGCUGUUUUAUUAUCUAAUCGUUAUAUCACUGAUAGAUAUUUACCGGAUAAAGCAAUAGAUUUAAUUGAUGAAGCUGCUGCAAAAUUAAAAAUUCAAUUAAGUAGUAAACCAUUACAAUUAGAUAUAAUUGAACGUAAAUUAUUACAACUUGAAAUGGAAAAAAUUUCUAUUAUUAAUGAUAAUGAUAAUAUUGGAAUAUUAUCAAAAAAUGAAAAAGAAAAUUUGAAACCAAAUGAUAAAUUAAGAUUACAAAAUAUUGAUAAUCUUGUUAAUGAAUUAACAAAACAAAAAGAUGAAUUGAAUGAAAUGUGGUUAAAAGAGAAAUCAUUAGUUGAUAAUAUAAGAAAUAUAAAAGAACGUAUUGAUAUUGUUAAGAUUGAAAUUGAUAAAGCUGAACGUGAUUUUGAUUUAAAUCAUGCUGCUGAAUUACGUUUUGAAACUUUACCUGAUCUUGAAAAUCAACUUAAAACUAAUAUUAAUAAUUAUGAAAAUUAUAUUAAACAAGUUCGUUACGGUGUGAGGUCCACGGCCACCAAUACCACCAACCCCCCCGAAGGGGUCUUAUAUAGUUCCUUUAGUUAUAUAACUACUUAUAUAGUAAUGGAAACAGGUGGUAAUAUAUUAUUAAGAGAUACAGUAACUAAAGAAGAUAUUGCUAAUGUUGUAUCCAAAUGGACUGGAGUAGUUAGAGGGAGUUAUAUACUAGUAGUUGGUUCCUCAGUUACAGUAGUUAUACCCUUUACGUGGAUACUUAGUUACCGCUUGACCAAGCACCGUAACGUGGUUAUAGGUAUACCAUUAAAUAAAUUAAUAAAGAGUCAAAAAGAGAAGAUAUUACAAUUAAAUGAAGAAUUACAUAAACGUAUAAUUGGUCAACAAGAAGCUAUUGAUGCUGUUGUUAAUGCUGUACAACGUUCUAGAGUUGGUAUGAAUGAUCCUAAAAAACCUAUUGCUGCUUUAAUGUUUCUUGGACCAACUGGUGUAGGUAAAACUGAAUUAUCUAAAGCUAUUGCUGAACAAUUAUUUGAUUCAGGUAUUACAUUACGGUGCUUGCUCCCACGGCCACCCACCACUACUAAAGAUGCUAUUAUAAGAUUUGAUAUGAGUGAAUAUAUGGAGAAACAUAGUGUAUCUAAAUUAGUUGGUGCUCCACCUGGUUAUAUUGGUUAUGAACAAGGCGGUUUACUUACUGAAGCUAUUCGUAGAAAACCUUAUUCUAUUUUAUUAUUUGAUGAAAUGUAUCUCCAUUACGGUGCUUGCUCAUCCCCUACGGGGGUACUUAGUUAUAUACUUAAGAGUACUACACAUAGUGAUGUAUAUAAUAUAUUAUUACAAGUAUUGGAUGAUGGAAGAUUAACAGAUUCACUUGGUCGUAAGGUUAAUUUUACGAAUUCUUUGAUUAUAUUUACAUCGAAUCUUGGUAGUCAGAAUAUUCUUGAACUUGCUCGUUUUCCUGAAAAACGUAAUGAAAUGAAAAAUAAAGUCAUGACUUCUGUACGACAAAAUUUCUCACCUGAAUUUCUUAAUCGCAUUGAUGAAUUUAUUGUUUUUGAUUCUUUAACCAAAAUUGGUACGUUACGGUGUUCCGUUACGGUGCUUGGUCACACGGUCACCAAUACCCCCAAAAGGGAAUUGAAAAAAAUAGUGAAUAUGGAGAUGAUGAAAUUAAGUAAUAGAUUAGCAGAAAAGAAUAUAAAAUUAUCAAUAGAUGAUGCAGCAAUGAGUCAUAUAGCAGAUAUAGGAUAUGAUCCAGCAUAUGGUGCACGUCCAUUAAAACGUACAAUACAAAAACAAAUCGAAUCACCAAUUGCUGUUGGUAUACUCUCUGAUCAAUAUAAAGAACAUGAUAAUCUACACAUCUCAUAUAAAGAUGGAAAAUUAACUAUAUUACCACUUUAA